AUAGCACCGAAAGUUGUGAUUUAUUUUCCAAUAAAGAGUUUGCCUUGGGAAGACCCUCAAGUCAAACUAUAUAUUUCUUAUAUACACUCUAGCAGAACCCUCCCUAAAAGACACAGGCAGACCCACAGCCUCCCUACUUCUCCACACAAAAGACACAAAAAUGGACACUUAAUUUAGAAUUCAGAACACUGACAGAACACUUGUUCAAGUUAGUAUGCCUAAAAACACUUUUAAGCAAACACCAGUUUGUUAAAGCCAAGUUUGUAGGAAAUCCGCUCUAAAUUUUCAGUUUUUUCGUUUUAAUUAAAUUAUGCUCUAUCCGCUUUCAAUAUGAUACCCAACCAACCGUUGCGUCCCAUAUACGAGGAUAUUAGACAGCUCUCCGAUCCCCAGCUGUCCAUAAUGUGCCAGAGCCACAACAUUAUCAUUGGGCCGAUCACUCCUCAAAACCGCCGCCAGGCCGAAUGGUCGUUGCACGUGGCGCUGAUCGGGGAGAGGGCCAAGGUCCGGGCCCAGGAGCAGUUCGCCAGGGAGUUGAAGAUGCGCCUUAGUUCCGAUAAUCCAAGGUCUCCGCCGCCGUCCCAGCAACAUUUUACACACUUCAGUGUGCCGGAGACCCCAAAACAUGUGCCACGGUCGUACUGGCCCACUCCUGGAUCUUUUAACCAAAGGGCUCCGCCGGGAUCGUACCGCCAACAUCAGAUGAAUCCAAGUCUGUACAGACCCUGUGGUUACGACGAAAACGACGACGGUGGCGGUCCCAACAUCCUGGGCUUCAAGGUUCCCUUCUCACUGAAUACGGCCCGGCAGUACAGCGUGAAAAUUGGCGAGACCCUGCGGCGGUUUCAGGGAGGCGGUGAAGCCACCACUUGUUCGGGUAAGAAUACAAAAAAAUCCAACGAGGCUGCUCAUCGGGAGACAAGCCAAUGUCAGGAUAAUCACAGUAUGCUAGAUAUGUAUCAAGACUCCCACCAGAAUGUGAAUCAGGAUAGAUACCUUGAAACUGAAGAUGAGGCCUCCGUAGUGGCAUCCCUGGAAGACUCUGACUACCCAAGCAGCCGUGAGACGGAGCGGGACACGCUUUCAGAGCGCUCGGAGUGUGAUCGCCAGGUAGAGCAGACUCUUCACUGUACCAUUGGAGAGGAUCUGCGUCCGGCACAGAACUUUGUUCGAUCCAAGUGCCACGACCUCCGAGAACUGCAACCCACCCAUCCGAAUGACCAAUCUCGCAGUGAGUACGCGAGCUUUGCGAGCACCCCGUCCAUUUACCAUGAUUUUCCAAUUCUGGUUCCCAUGGAUCCAAUUCCGCCACCUGCCCGAAGGAUAUCCUGGGCGUCGCCCCUCCUCUGGUUUUGGCGUUGGCAGGGGAUACAGAGAGUGGCAAGCACCAAUCGGGGUAUCCAGUUCCAGCCUAUUCCGGCAGCAGAGCGCACCCACGAGAGAGAUGCGGAGCAUGAGCUGGAGCUAAACACAAUCAAUUACCUCAACGAGGGUCUGCCGCCGGGUGUGCGGGAUGAAUUGGUGGAGCUGAUGAGCAAGGUGCCCUUGCGCGACGACAGCGAGGAUGAGGUAGGGCGGCUGCAGGGCGAAGGAAUUCUGGUCACUCGUCGCACCCCCAUCGGUUUCUUCCGGCACAUUUUCCAACUAAUCCUCUGCGAUCAACAUGGAAUACUAGAUCGGGAAAAAGUUCGAUACAGCUUCCUGUGUUGCUGCCUGGUAGUCUGCAUCUACCUGAGUGUCAAAUUGAUCCGAUAGAGCAUUCAGUAGGAUUCACCUUACUGAUCGAAUAAUCCGAAAAUUCGAUACAAUCGGGGCAACACCUCAUUAUAUGCGUCUAAAGCCUUUUUACGUAUAUCCAAACACAAAUAUUAUUACAUUUUGUAUGAAAGAGAA